GUUUCAGUCUGGAGCCGCUGGCUGCUACUGAACCGUUUGGCUCUUUUCUCUACUAGCGAGCAAAGCUACAAUCCAGAGACCUACUGUCCAUCCAGCGCCUCUUCCUGGGGAUUUAUCACUAUAUGUGCCCGCGUGUCCAAACACACCGCUCACUGGGGACCCCCGGCAGCGGCUGGCCGGCUCUGCGGGCCGUUAUAACGCUUCGGUCGAGGUUGAAUCAGAGGCAGAGAGCAGCGGUGGUGGUGGUGGAGGAGGAGGAGGAGAGCCCAUAUUAGGAGCACAGAGGAGCAGGCACCCCCCUUGUGUGAUCUGGAGCUUCUGGUUCUGAGCCCAUGGUACAUGCCCUGACUGAACAGACUGGUGGUGCAUACAUACAUACUACUGUGGUGUGUGUGUGCUGACCUCAUGGUGUAACAGGAGUAAAGAUGAGCAUUAGCAGUGAUGAGGUCAACUUCCUGGUCUACAGAUACCUACAGGAGUCAGGGUUCUCCCACUCAGCGUUCACAUUUGGUAUAGAAAGUCACAUCAGCCAGUCCAACAUCAAUGGUGCUCUGGUUCCCCCUGCUGCCCUCAUCAGCAUCAUCCAGAAGGGCCUGCAGUACGUCGAGGCAGAAGUCAGCAUCAAUGAGGACGGAACGUUAUUUGACGGACGGCCUAUUGAGUCUCUGUCCCUAAUUGACGCGGUGAUGCCAGACGUCGUCCAGACGCGGCAACAGGCCUACAGGGACAAGAUGGCCCAGCAGCAGGCCGCCGCUUCAGUGCCGGCGUCGGCGACUGGAGGCAGUAUCGCUGGCAAUGCCAAGAACGGAGAGAAUACUGCCAACGGGGAGGAGAACGGAGCCCACGCCUUAGCAAACAACCACGCAGACCUGAUGGAGGUGGAUGGAGACGUGGAGAUCCCUCAGAACAAGGCCAUGGUCUUGAGGGGCCAUGAGUCAGAGGUCUUCAUCUGUGCCUGGAACCCAGUCAGCGACCUGCUGGCAUCAGGGUCUGGGGAUUCGACAGCUCGUAUCUGGAACCUGAGUGAGAACAGUACAAGCAGCUCUACACAGCUGGUCCUGAGACACUGCAUACGAGAGGGAGGGCAGGACGUCCCUAGCAACAAAGACGUCACCUCGCUAGACUGGAAUAGCGAGGGCACGCUGUUAGCAACAGGCUCCUAUGACGGAUUUGCCAGAAUAUGGACGAAGGAUGGUAACCUGGCCAGUACACUCGGCCAACACAAAGGUCCCAUCUUUGCCCUCAAGUGGAAUAAAAAAGGCAAUUUUAUCCUCAGUGCAGGAGUAGACAAGACAACAAUCAUAUGGGACGCUCAUACAGGAGAAGCCAAACAACAAUUCCCAUUUCAUUCAGCUCCAGCUCUAGACGUGGACUGGCAGAGCAACAACACGUUUGCCUCCUGCAGCACAGACAUGUGCAUCCAUGUCUGUAAACUAGGACAGGACAGACCUAUUAAAACAUUCCAGGGACACACAAAUGAAGUAAAUGCAAUCAAGUGGGAUCCCACAGGGAACCUGCUGGCCUCCUGCUCAGAUGACAUGACGUUGAAGAUUUGGAGUAUGAAGCAGGAUGCAUGUGUCCAUGACCUGCAGGCCCACAGUAAAGAAAUCUACACCAUCAAAUGGAGUCCCACAGGGCCAGGAACCAACAAUCCCAGUGCUAACCUCAUGCUAGCCAGUGCAUCGUUUGACUCCACAGUUCGUCUUUGGGACGUGGAGAGAGGCAUCUGUAUCCAUACGCUGACUAAACACCAGGAGCCUGUCUACAGUGUGGCUUUCAGCCCCGAUGGUCGGCAUCUGGCCAGUGGCUCUUUUGACAAAUGCGUGCACAUCUGGAAUACACAGACGGGCGCUUUAGUCCACAGUUACAGAGGGACGGGGGGAAUCUUCGAGGUUUGCUGGAAUGCAGCAGGGGACAAAGUCGGAGCCAGCGCAUCAGACGGAUCUGUGUGUGUACUAGACCUGCGGAAAUAGUGCUGCUGUUUGUUGGAAGCCAUGGACCGACCAUGAAUGUGUACAUAGCCAAAUGACUGUCCCUGCCUGCCCUGCGUACUGCUCACGCUUACGACUAUGGCCCCGCCCACCGACAGACAGGAAGCAGGAAACAAGAACAGGAAGCAAGCACCCGACACAGCAGGUCCAGAUAGAGGGAUGAGCAGAUGGACAGACAGAAAGAUGGAUGGAUAAGCGCGCAGAUGGAAGCGCCCCUCUCUAUCCGUGCAGACUCUUACAGAGAUGCAGAAGGGACGCAGUGAUUUAAAAAAAAAAAGAAAAACUGAAAAAAAGUUACAGAUCCGUAUAUGUACCAAAUUUGGAAGCUAUUUUGCUUUUUUUGAUCUUAAACCAUGCUCAUUGUCAUCAAAAUGAAAAACAAUGAAAAAAGUGUUGAUCUUUGUUACUAGCUGGAUCUCAUUGUGCAGACAUAUCAACUUCUCCACCAUAAAACAGGAUGGCACUUAGUUUUUUUUUUUUCCGGAUCUCUUGUUUCAAUGUUUUUAUAUUUUUUAUCUCCAGGGGAAGGGGAAGGGGCUGGUCAGGUCAGAGUUUUAUUAUGUGGAGAAGUACAUACUCACAGACAUGCGCACCAAACAGUUCUAAUAAACCGUGUCCUCGUCAUGAUUUUAAACUGAUGUGACAAACAUAAAGGUUGUUUUUUUCCAGUAGUGGUUUCUGCAGAUGUCAGUGGGUCAGAAUGCAGCAAUUCAUGUGAAGUUUCCUCCAGAGGACAAACUCUGGACUCUUCUCGUACAUUUGCCUCUGGACACGUGACACUGAUGAUGAACAUGUAGAUGCUUUAAAAACAGCUCCUCUGUGCACUGUUGACGUGCUUUUACCCACAGUCCUCCUCCCUCGACGCCUCAGUCGAAGAGGUCACCGGUUGGAUUGGAGGAAAAAAACUGAAAUUGGCAGGAGGCCGACUGGUCCCUCCACUUGUCUCAAUAUUCAACGUAGUUCUUAGUUUAAGGUAUUGCAGCAGUAUGUCAGGUUGCCAUCUUGAAUCAGUUCAUCAGCCAGAAGCAUUCGUACCUUUCGGGAAAACCAUACAAAGUUGCAUGUAUAACUGGUGUACUCUGGGUACCGCCCUGGACACAGCAUUUAUCUGACUUAAAGUGUUUCAUCAAAACCCCACUCUCUGGUGAGGUGACAUAAAUCAUGUCAGCCGAUUAAUCCCAUUACAAGCUCCUUUUAGUUUUUGCAGAUAUUAGAUUCUCAGAGGUCGAUGAUCUGAAGUCAUCUCAGUGAGUUCAACCACAGACGGCAGAGCCAAAGAAAAACCCACCACACGACUCGCAUCACAGACACAAGAGCUCCACUGCAGACAGGACACUUAAGCUGUGUUCAAAACCAACCAGCCUGUUUAUUGCUUCCUAUGUGUCACAAAAUUAAUUUAUUUUACAUUGAUGGAGGAUUUUCCCUCUCUUUAUUUAAAAGAGAGGUCUUUCAGUUCCCAGGAUAAGACUGACUGAUUUCACGUUCCAAUUUUCAAAGGCUCUCAAUCAAAUAUAGCCUGCUUGUGCUCAGAUCUCCUGCGGUCCAGCUUUAACUCUUAUCCUCAAUUUCAUUUGUUGCCGCGGAGGGAAAAAAUCCAAGGAGCAGACGUUUCACAUGUGCACAGAAGCAGCGUCAGCGUGAGGAGAUGAUGCUGAAGCUGGAGCACAGGAAAUCUAAGCACAAGCUCUUAAACUGAAAGACCAGGCUCUUGAAGAAAGAAAAGAAGAAGAAUACAUAUUUAAGACUUACUGACGCACAAUUUAAAUUUUUGCACAUUUUGUUGUGGGGUUGUUAGCAAAGUAUUCAACCUAAUGUGGACACUACUGUCUUGUUCCAUCAUGGGAAUGUUUAUGUGAAUAUUUCAGAAUUCAGAUUCUGUUCUGAAAUGUCGGCGAGUAAAUACCAAACGGAUCCGUUUUGGACACAGCUUUCGUGUAGCUACUCUAAACUCGCUGGUCAAGCGAUGUUCCAUUCUCAUAGCAGCCACACCUGCCUGAUGUCUGUUUAGUUUUGAAUUAUUAAGGGAAAUGUCAUCUCCAAUAAUUUCAUUUCAAAUGUUUUCAGACCAAAGUUUUGUCCUCAACAUUCAAAUUAGCCGGUUUGCAAACAUUUUCCACUAAGAGAAACUUCCAUGGCUUCACUCUGUUCAAACAUUCAAUUCAAACAGUGACGUUAAUAUAACUCCAGAGCAGCUCUGCCUCCCAGACUUGUGUAAUCGAAGUUGUAAUGUGCUUUAUUUUUACUCUUUUAAUAACCCAGCCAUCCACAUUUCUCUGGCAUGGAGAAGAGGACGUCAGUGUUUUUACAGAGGAAGAGAAAGAGAGACAUUCUUUGUUUUUAACCUUCGAACUUCAUGAAAAGGUUCAUAACUUCAGUCUCAAACCUGUGUAAAUGCAGCCAUGAAGGAUUGUAUUUUUUUUUCCUGUUGCUUUUUAACUGACAGGUCCCUGGCACAAGGUUGCUUAUUCAGAAUGGAGCCCAAAAGCAGAUCAAAUGUGAAAGCAAUAUGCAACUAUUAAAAAUGUUCUCUAUCAUAACCCAUAUGGUUCAUAAUGUGGGCGAGUAAGGACACUGCUACUCUGAUAUGCUGUUUAGAAUCCAGCCAGAGCUUAACAAAGCAGACAUUAGAUAUCUGAAUAGUGUGUUCCAUGACGUUCACAGUCCAUAAAAACAGAAAACAAGCUGUAACCUCUUGUGUAUUUAAUCCAUCUGCCCUCUAUCGCCUUCGUCAUUGGUUCUUCACCAAAAUCCUGCCCACGUUCUAUUCUGAGGUUCUCCGCUGACUAAACAUUUUAUACUCUUUUAAAGACAAAUUUAAAGUUACAUUUUUGUAAUUUCUUUGUAGAUUUGAAAAAAAAAUGUGAAUUGAUGAUUUAUUGGCAGUGUUCAAUUACCUGUUCUAUAAAUUUCAAAGACUUUUGUUGUGCUACGUGGAUGCUAUUGCAAAUAGUAAAGGUUGACCGUGUAAUGUAAGGCUUACUGAGCUGAGCUGUCAUUCUGAAGGCAACUUCGCCUGGGAAGAGCUUCCCCAGGAAUCACCACUAAAUUUGUCUAUGUUUUAAUAAAGAAAUGUUUUUUUUCUUUUGCUUGAAUCUUUUUGGGAAGGCUUGUCCCAGGAAGUAAGUCUCUCCUGAAGCUCCUCUUGGCUUACACACAAGACAAAUUGAAUAAAAUUGUAAUUUUUCAAUCAA